CUCUUGACUUGAAAUCAUUACAAAUCUUUUAUCAAAUACACAGCUGUUUGAUGGCGGUCUCGCAAAUAUUUAUAUAACGCGUUUCCGCUCCGAGUUAAACAUGUACUUUGGAGCAAAACAAUUCAGGUGAAAUUUGAUAGCCUGGCACUUAAGUUUCGAAGUUUGGUCGUGCGCAACAUUUUGAAGCAAGUUUAAAAACUGUUGGACUUAAAAAGAGACACUUUUCGUAUGCUAACUUCUGAGCCCGUGUUUGCAGAAAGUGUAUUUCAGGAGUAUUGUCGCAGGACCUCUCACUGGACUCCCUGCUGCUGAUCUGAUCAGCCAUUGAGGACGUGGGAAAGGGGCAAGGUCUAGUUUAUGUGCCCGCCGGCUACAAGUGUUUGCUGCAUGCAUGAAAGGAACUGCUGUAUGAACACUUUCAUGAGCCAUGAGGCUGGUGGCCGAGGAUAAGUCGCACUGCCAGUAUCCGGGAAUGGAUUAGUAUCAUCUUGAUUCGUUUUUUUCCCGAGGGUUUGUAAAUGCACUUUUAUUCGCGUAACAUAUUUUGUAACAUUUUUGGAACUCCAAAAAUGAGCAGAGAGCCCGCUUGUUGCGGAGGUUUGUGAUUAAAUGUAAGAGGAGGAAAAGAGAAGAAGUUCUACAGCACUUUGUCCCGUGUUCCUGCCUGCCGGAGGAAGAUCUUCAUCUUCAUCACCCCGCAACAACAACAGAAAGAUGGCAUCCAAACAACCCUGGACUCAGAUCAUUAUCACUUUAUCGUCCUUAUUCUCCCUGAUCCCGAGCAGCCCAGCGGCAGAUGUCCCGGAGGAAGAAGGCUUCAGUGCUGAGUCAUGGCUUCGUAAGUUCGGCUACCUGUCUCAGGCGAGCAGUCAGAUGUCCACCAUGCAGUCGGCUCAGAUACUGUCCAAAGCCAUCAGCGACAUGCAGCGCUUCUAUGGCCUUGAGGUGACUGGAGAUAUGGACCCUGCUACUGUCGUGGCCAUGCGUCGGCCUCGCUGUGGCCUCCCAGACAGAAAGGCGGAGGAGAUGGAUGGUGGCGCGAGGAAGAAGCGCUAUGCUCUCACUGGACAGCAGUGGGGCAAAGACCACAUCACUUACAGUAUAAUGAACCAGCACAUCCCCUCCUCGCUGGGCGAGGACCGGACGUACGCUGCUAUCCGCAACGCCUUUGACACGUGGAGACGGGUCACGCCGCUCACCUUUGAGGAGUUACCUGCUGAAAACAACAUCAGCAUCAACAGCAGUCAGGCAGAGCUCGCUGACAUCCUGUUGUUGUUUGCCUCUGGUUUCCAUGGUGAUAUGUCAUUGUUUGAUGGCGAGGGAGGGUCGCUGGCCCACGCCUACUACCCUGGACCAGGAAUCGGUGGGGAUACACACUUCGAUGCUGAUGAGCCUUGGACAUUGGACUAUCAAAACCCAGAAGGUAUUGACCUCUUCCUGGUUGCGGUCCAUGAGCUUGGUCAUGCUUUGGGUCUGGAGCACUCCGAUAACCCCAGUGCCAUAAUGGCUCCUUUCUACCAGUGGAUUUACACACACAACUUCACGCUACACGAGGAUGACAUCAGAGGAAUACAGUACAUUUACGGUCCCCCUCUCCUCACUGAUGCUCCACCUGCUUCUCCUCCCGCCCGUGACGACAAACCCGACAAUGACUCUCCCACCUCCCCUUUUCCACCCAAAGAUGAACCCACCUCCACUUCUCCCACCGACCCCCCGCCCGAGUCACCCGACAGCAGCCCUCAUCCCCCAGCCAGGCCGGAGCCGAGCCCCAGCCCUUCCUCACCUCCUGUCCUCGCCACCUCCACCUCCACCACCACCUCCACCCCUACUGACUCCCAGCCUGAGGCGGAACCUGUCACCCCGCACGUCAGAAAAGAUGUUCCCCCUCCUCGCCCUCCUGCUCCUCCCCGACCUCCUAAACUGCCGGACAACCAGGCCCCCGAUAUUUGUGACGGGGACUUUGACACGGUGACCAUGCUGAGGGGGGAGAUGUUUGUUUUCAAGGGUCGCUGGUUCUGGCGUGUGCGGAGGAACCGGGUCUUGGAUAACUACCCCAUGCCGAUAUCCGUCUUCUGGAUCGGCCUGCCGAGCGACAUCGACGCAGCCUACGAGCGCCACGAUGGAAAAUUUGUCUUCUUUAAAGAUGAUAGAUACUGGGUGUUCAGGGAGGCUGACGUCGUCCCGGGAUACCCACAGCCCUUACAUGAGUACGGACAAGGAGUUCCUGCACACAAGAUUGACACAGCGAUCUGGUGGGAGCCCAAUGGAUACACAUACUUCUUCAGCGAAGACAGAUACUGGCGAUACAAUGAGGAAACCCGGACCACAGACCGCGACUUCCCCAAGCCAAUCGACAGGUGGGGCAAGAUCCCGCCCUCACCUAAAGGAGCCUUCCUCAGCGAUGACGGCGCUUACACCUAUUUCUACAAAGGCUCCAAUUACUGGAGGUUUGACAACCGCAAGACAGAGGCAGAGAAAGGCUACCCUCGCUCCAUCCUGAAGGAUUUCAUGGGCUGUGUGGGAGCCCCUGACCCUAAAGCCGAUACAGACACUGAGCAGGAACCAAAAGACAAACCAGUCAACCCUUCAGACCGAGGCAAAGAUGAGCACAAAGAGCCGGACAGGGACAAAGACCAAACCUCUCAGCCUGAUAGCACAGAGGAGGAGGAGGAGGAGGACAAAGAGGUGAACGUGGUCGUGACGGUGGCCGACAAUGAAUCAAGCGUCAUGACCCUGAUCAUGGUGAUUGUUCCUCUGGUCCUCAUCCUGUGCAUCCUGGUCCUUAUCUACGCCAUCCUCAGAUCUCUACAGAACAAAGAGACACCGAGGGCCUUGGUGCACUGCAAACGUUCAUUGCAGGACUGGGUGUGAGGCACAGACUUAGAGGAGAUAGAGCGGGUAUUCAUCAUUUAUCUGCUACGGUCGCUGGCGUCAAAAUUUGUACUUACGUUGCAGUGGAAAGAAGCUUUGACGCAGUACUAAAGUCUAAGAAAUCUGCGGAUGAGUCACCUUUUUGGGCCCCAUUCAUUGUGAGAACUUUUAUUACUCAUGUGAAAUAAUGCAAACGUGGUAAAGUCGGUGCCUGUGGAGCUACAGUGUACGUUUCCCUCAAGUUUUUCUCCUGUGCCUCCCUUUGUGCCUUCCAAAUGUCUGAGAAAGUACUUCUAUUUCUUUUUUUUAAAAUCACGUUUAUUCCAUCACAAUGUUAAAAUAAGAAAAUGUGUCAGCCACCAAAUGUUUCGUAAAAGACACAUUAAGAUUGUUCGUUUCUAUCAAUUCAAAUCUAAUUCAGUACAGAGAAAGGGACCGAUGAUUUAUUUGUAGUAUAAAGGCAGACAAAGUCGAUAUUGCACAUACGUUACACAGGAGCAUGCGUACUGUACAUACACACAAACAUGAGUGCUUAUAGCUAUGACAACAACUAUACAAAUACAUUCAUUAAUAUGAACAAGUCUUCCAUUAUGCUUGACUAUAGUGCCUCAACCAAUCUUGACAUUUUUUCUUUGUUUAGACCAGAUAAUUUGCACUUUUGAUUCCGUUUAUUGUCGUCUUUGUUUUGCUGAGAUUGCUUCACUGCAGAUGUGUGUGUGUGUGUUUGUGUGUGUGUGUGUGUGUGUGUGUGUGUUCGUGCUUAUCAAACACACAAACACUAGCAGAAGAAGCACGUCCUUUGACCAGCGCAGGAAUGUCAGACAGCUGUGUGCGUCCAUGACUGCCUGUCUCCCACUGAGCCCAUUUUGUCUACCCUCUCUCACAUACACAUGCACCAACGUCACAUGAUCUCCAAAAAAACCCUAACUGCACUCAUUUGUGCAUGCAUGUCCACACGCACACAUUGACAUAGAGACUACUUACCCAAACAAAGGCACAUAUAGUUUUUUGCACACAGACACAAGGGCUCCAGCCUCCCCUCCUCCCACCACAGCCACGAUAACUGUUCAGACUACACCACUAAAACACAAUCCCCAGUGGAGACAUAUUGAUAUACGACUGGUGCCAGGGCUCGGAUGAAAUACAGGAGGAAGGGGGGAUUUUAUUCACACUUAACAAGAAGUAUUGAAAAGUGUUUUUGAGAAAUUCUGUCCGUCUCAGCUCGACCUGUGAAGAGUAAAACCAUAGCAGCAGUAUCCUUCUUUUUGUAUCUCCUCCAGAGUUGAAGCUAAUUAAAUGUACCCAGGAGAAGCCUGCAGGCUGGAGAGGAAUGGGUCAGGGUCUGGUUUCCAUUAAACCCUCAUGUUGCUGAUUUAUG